CACAUCCACUCCCAUCACACUCGGCUCUCUCCACAGUGAUCCAUUCUUCUGUAAUGUCUAUAGGCAGCUACUGUAGUUCUCUGUAUUUCAGAAUGAAGCCCCAUGCACUGAGAAAGCUCCAGCUGGUUUGGAAAGCAGCAACAGCAGGGGUCACUGGGAACGUGCCAGCCACCUGAUAUACUGCUCUCUGCACUGGUUCUUCUUCCCAAAGAAGAAUCCAGCUCCAUCCCCCCCUUCUUCUUUUCACUUUUAAACUCAGACACAGUUUGCAACCAACGCCUGGAUUUCUCUCCUCCAGCUCCAUCCUGGAUCCCUCCACUCCCGUGUAACUGACCUGGCCAAACUUUCUAAUGGCUUUUUUCCUGACGGUAUCACAGGGGCUCUGGUCUGCCCAGACCCCUCUGCUGCUUUCGAUGCGGCUGAUCACAGGCUCCUUGGAACCUGGUCCUUGGCUUUUGCGACUCCGCCCUCAGCUUGCUACGUCCUGAGUCUUUUUUGGGGGGGGGGAGAAUACCCUACCCCCCACUACAUGCCCUCAUGGGACUGAGGCCGCCCCCUUACUGUCCUCCACCCCAAGGAACCGCGUCCACCCCGUUACCCACACCCGGGGAUCGAGCCCCGCCCCCUUUAUACUCUCCCUGACCAGGCCCAGGCCCAGGCCCGAGCCCCGCCCCGUUACACUCCCCCGGACCAGGAGCAGGACGAGCUCCGUCCCGUCCCGUUAGCCCCGGUUCCGAGCCGGGCCCGCCUAGGCGAGGUGGAGCUCGGCGCGGCCUGCACCAUGGCGGGGAGCUGCUCCGGGCCGGGCCGUCUAUGGAGACUCUGCAACCUGCUCAUGGCUGCCUUCUUCGGGCUGGCGGCCGCCGUUCAGAUAAAUGACCCUGAUGCAGGACUGUGGAUAGUUUACAAUGGCUCUUCUAGCUUCGGCCUGACCUGUGGCGCACAAGUUCACAACAUGUGGGUGACUUCAAACCAUCUGAUUGGGUUCUGUAAUUCUGCCUGGAGCAGGUGGUCUACGUUGUACCUGCUGUCCUUACACUGCUUGUUGGCCUUAAUCCAUCAAUUACAGAAAUCCUUUGGGUGGAAUUCGUCUGAUGGUUGCAAUUUCUCUCUCUCUCUUCCCCUUUGUAACAUGGCUUUACAUUUACAUGAACUCAGAGAUGCGAUCAUCCUGGCCAACUCACUGCAAAACUGUGAUUUAACCAGAAAGGAACAAACACACACAAUAAAUAUUCUAACAGCUGUUUGCCUUCAGCUUUCAGUUCUCAGUUGAAAACUGGUAUCAGACCAACAGGAACUGCAGCUAUGGACCAAGAGCACUUUACUGCCUCAAACAGCGCAGUUUGAGAUUUGUUAUCAUUAUUAUCCAGCCAUCUCCUCUUUCCAUGGACCAACCUGUGGAUUUCAACCUGUGUCCUUCAUGUAAUGAUGAUACCACAGCCCCUGUAUAACUGUCGUCUCCACAAUGUACCACAAUGAACAGGAACAGGGGCAGCUAGAUCCCAGUAAAUAUGUGCCCUUAGUGUGGAUGAGCAAUUGUACAGCAGCAUCUGCUAGGAACUCCUAGAAAGGACAGAAGCAUUCAAAUAUGAUCCUCUCCUCCCUCAGAGCCUGCAGGUGAGCAGCCAUACUCUUAUGGACAGUGAUAUCCAUGGCUGCUGAGAGAUCUGAAACAACUAGCAGGGAUAGCUAUUCUCUCUGUUUAGUCAAUGAGAAUAGCUCAGUCUCCAUCAUGCCUAGGCUGAAAGUGGACACGGAAUUCAAGGUUUUUGGGUAACUGCGGAGUUGCUUCUCAGCUGAAUCACAAAUUUAGAAAUCUUCUCCACAAAGUAUUAAAGGUGUCAAGUAUGUCUGUGGUCUUUGUUACUGACUCAUGGGCCAGCUAAGACAUGGGACUAUGGGAAGGAUUGACAGGUACUAUGGUCCAGUGGCGAGGACACCAGCCUAGGAGUCAGAGGCCUGCAUUCUAUUCCCAACUCCACCACUGACCUCCUGUGUGACCUUAACCAAGUCAUUACACCAAGCUGUUCUUUGAUUUCCCUUCCUGCCCUUUGUCUGCUUUGUCUAUUACGGAGGCACCAAUUCUAGUUUCAUAGUUAAGGUUAAGUUUGGUUUUGUACUAAAAGCAGGGAUUCAGCCUCCGUGUAUGAAAAAUAGACUGUCCUCUUCAAGCUUAAUAUUUGCCAUUUGAAUAUAGAAUUAAUUUUCUAACAUUUACAAGUAAUUGUUAGAGUUAAAAUUAAAUGGGUAUUUUUAGAAAUUUA